CACUUUAAGUUUGUCAUAGAAGGAACAAGAACAGCAACAAUGACCGGUGUAGUUGUGCAGAACAUGUCCUUUAAAGCAGGACAAACCCUGACCAUUACUGGAGUCCCCAAAGCUGAUUCCACCAGUUUUGCCAUUAACAUUGGGAGCAGCCCGGCAGAGCUUGCCUUGCACUUGAACCCUCGCUUUGAUGCUCAUGGGGACAACCGUACCACUGUAUGCAACUCAUACCAGGGUGGCAACUGGUGUCAAGAGCAGAGAGAUGGUUCAUUUCCUUUUAAUUAUGGCGAGGAGUUUAAGAUCCAGAUCAAAUUUACCGCUACUGAGUUCAAGAUCACUCUGACUGACGGCUCGGAGAUCAGCUUCCCCAAUCGCCCUGGUGCUGAAAAGUAUAACUACAUAAACUUUGAUGGUGAUGCCCGAGUCUCUAGCUUUGAAAUCAAGUAAUCAGAUGAUUACUGAGUUAAUGUCUAUUGCCUUAAUUGUGUACUUGCACAGCAUUUGCUUAGUAGAUUUAUCCCACACAGUCAGAUUUUAGUUUAAAUUUUUGCACCUUGCCUAUGAUGUCACUUUGUUGUUCUAUGUAGUCGUGUUCAACACAAUUGUUCUGAUUGGACGAUGAUGAUGAAAACAAUUCCAAGUGUAACUUGUUUUAACAAGUGUUUACUAGGCAAUUUUAACGCCAUUCCAGAUUGCAUUGCAGUUUCUUUGCAGCAAUAAAAGAUCUGUUACAACAGUUUUGCUACAUGUAUAUUUGAGAAUAAAAAUGGAACCAUGGAGGAA